AUGCAGAUUUUCGUGAAAACCCUAACUGGAAAGACCAUCACUCUUGAGGUUGAGAGCAGUGACACCAUCGACAAUGUCAAAGCCAAGAUCCAGGAUAAGGAAGGCAUCCCUCCUGACCAACAAAGAUUGAUUUUUGCUGGUAAGCAAUUGGAAGAUGGUCGAACUCUUGCAGAUUAUAACAUCCAAAAGGAGUCAACGCUUCACUUGGUUUUGAGGCUGAGGGGAGGAACUAUGAUUAAGGUGAAGACUCUUACUGGGAAAGAAAUUGAGAUUGACAUUGAACCAAAUGAUACCAUUGACCGGAUCAAGGAAAGGGUUGAGGAGAAAGAGGGAAUCCCCCCUGUGCAACAAAGGCUUAUUUAUGCUGGGAAGCAGCUUGGAGAUGACAAAACAGCUAAGGACUACAACAUUGAAGGUGGCUCUGUCCUUCAUCUGGUGCUUGCUCUAAGGGGUGGCAAUCUUUAA